UCUUGUCUCACCAUAAACACAUUCUUCACGUCAAUUUAUACAUUUCAUCAUUGUUUACAUUUUUUUGCCUCUAUAGGUUCUUUUAGAUUUUUUUUUAUAUAAAAAUGUAAGAUUAAAAUAAUAGUAAGGGUAGAGAUAGAAAGUACUUUCUGGGAUCCAAAUCUUCCUCUCUGCUCCUUCUCUCUCUCUACUCUCUGUGUUUUAUUUAUAUUUUCCAUAAAGAAAGAAAAACCAAAAUCCAUGGGGUUCUUCGCUUUACAAUCCCAACGCACUUCUCUCCUCUUUCCUCAUCUUCGUCUUCUCCGAUGCCAUCAUAUUUCCAUAGACCCUCCUUCUUCCCGUUCAUUCUCUGUUUCUUCUUCAUCCCCUGUUUCUCUCUCGACGAACAAGGUCAAGCUCUCUUCUCAUGGAAGUCCCAACUCAACAUAUCCGGCGACGCUCUCGCCUCCUGGAAAGCCUCCGACGCAUCUCCCUGCAAUUGGCAAGGCGUAAAAUGCAACCACAAAGGAGAAGUUUCCGAGAUACAACUCAAAGGCUUCGACUUGCAAGGUUCUCCGCCUGUGACCAUUCUCCGGAACCUCAAGUCUCUUACUUCCCUCACUUUAUCUUCACUCAAUCUCACCGGAGUAAUCCCCAAGGAGAUCGGAGACUUCACAGAGCUCAAGCUACUCGAUUUAUCGGAUAAUUCUCUCUCCGGCGAUAUCCCCGUGGAAAUCUUCAGGCUCAAGAAACUCGAGACUCUGUCUCUGAACACGAACAAUCUCGAAGGUGUGAUUCCGGCGGAGAUUGGAAAUCUUUCUGGCCUCGUCGAGCUCAUGCUCUUCGACAACAAGCUCUCCGGAGAGAUCCCGAGGAGUAUCGGAGAGCUCAAGAAUCUAGAAAUCUUCCGUGCUGGUGGGAACAAGAAUCUCAGAGGUGAGCUUCCUUGGGAGAUAGGCAAUUGCGAGAAUCUGCUUAUGCUUGGUCUCGCCGAGACUAGUCUCUCCGGAAAACUCCCGGCGUCGAUUGGAAACCUGAAACGCGUUCAGACAAUAGCAAUUUACACGUCACUGUUGUCUGGUCCGAUUCCGGAUGAGAUUGGAUAUUGUACUGAGCUCCAAAAUCUGUACUUGUACCAGAAUUCAAUCUCUGGAUCGAUCCCAAGCACCAUUGGUGGUCUAAAGAAACUGCAGAGCUUACUCUUAUGGCAGAAUAAUCUCGUCGGAAAAAUCCCGACCGAGCUCGGGAACUGCCCUGAGCUCUGGCUUAUCGAUUUGUCUGAAAAUCUCAUCACCGGAAGCAUACCAAGGAGCUUCGGGAAUCUUAUGAACCUGGAGGAGCUUCAGCUGAGUGUAAACCAGAUCUCAGGAACGAUCCCUGAAGAGCUAGCCAACUGCACGAAGCUCACGCAUUUAGAGAUUGACAAUAACCUUAUCACCGGCGAGAUUCCGUCAUUGAUGGGUAACCUUAGAAGCUUAACGAUGUUCUUCGCGUGGCAGAACAAGUUAACCGGUAAAAUCCCCGAAAGUCUCUCGCAGUGUGGAGAGCUUCAAGCCAUUGACCUCUCUUACAACGAUCUCUCUGGUUCCAUCCCCAAAGAGAUUUUUGGAUUACGAAACCUCACGAAGCUUCUUCUUCUCUCCAAUGAUUUGUCCGGAUUCAUACCGCCGGAUAUCGGAAACUGUACGAAUCUCUACCGGUUGAGACUCAACGCAAAUAGACUUUCCGGGAGUAUUCCGGCGGAAAUCGGGAACCUGAAAAAUCUCAACUUUAUCGAUUUAAGUGAAAACCGGCUCGUCGGGACAAUCUCUCCGGCGAUUUCUGGUUGUGAAAGCCUCGAGUUUCUCGAUCUUCACUCGAACAGUCUCUCCGGUUCGUUGCUCGGUACGCUCCCAAAGAGCUUGAAGUUCAUUGAUUUCUCCGAUAAUUCUCUGUCUGGUCCUCUGCCUCCGGGAAUCGGGUUGCUGACCGAGCUUACGAAGCUUAAUCUCGCGAAGAAUCGAUUCUCCGGCGAAAUCCCUAAAGGAAUCUCCACUUGUCGGAGUCUACAGCUCCUCAACCUCGGCGACAAUGCCUUCUCCGGAGGAAUCCCAGACGAAUUGGGUCGAAUCUCGACUCUAGCAAUCUCUCUUAAUCUCAGCUGCAAUGGGUUCGUCGGAGAAAUCCCGUCGAGAUUCUCCGAUUUGAAAAGCCUUGGAGUGCUCGACGUCUCUCACAACCGACUCACUGGAAACUUAAUCGUCUUACAGGAUAUGCAGAACCUCGUCUCCCUCAACGUCUCAUUCAACGAAUUCUCCGGCGAAUUACCCAACACGCCCUUCUUCCGGAGACUCCCACUCUCCGAUCUCGCCUCAAACAAUGGGCUUUACAUCUCCGACGGAAUUUCGACCCGACCCGACGGGUUAGGAUCCUCAACCCGGAACAGUCGCGCUGUUAAAUUAGGCAUUUCAAUCCUCGUCGCCGUCACCGCCGUCCUCGUGCUCCUGGCGGUUUACACUCUGGUCCGGGCACGAGUCGCCGGAAAACGAUUCCUCGAGGAAGAAAUUGAUUCGUGGGAUGUGACACUAUACCAAAAACUCGAUUUCUCGAUCGACGACGUCGUUGAGAAUCUGACGUCGGCAAACGUGAUCGGAACCGGAAGCUCCGGCGUAGUUUACCGAAUAAUGAUUCCGUCCGGCGAGACUCUGGCAGUGAAGAAGAUGUGGGCAAGGGAACAAAGCGGUGCGUUUAACUCAGAGAUCAACACUCUGGGAUCGAUUCGUCACAGGAACAUCGUUCGUCUUCUGGGAUGGUGCUCGAAUCGUAACGUGAAACUCCUGUUUUACGAUUAUCUCCCCAACGGCAGCCUGAGCUCUCGGCUUCACGGCGCCGGAAAAGGAGGAGGAGUUGAUUGGGAAGCUCGAUACGACGUCGUUCUAGGUGUGGCCCAUGCGCUUGCUUAUCUCCAUCACGAUUGUCUCCCAGCAAUAAUACACGGUGACGUUAAAGCUAUGAACGUCUUGUUGGGCCCCCAAUUCGAACCCUACUUAGCCGACUUCGGUUUAGCUAGAACCGUCUCCGGUAAUCCAAAUACCGGAAUUGAUUUAUCAAAACAGAGCAAUCGGCCUCCUUUAGCUGGUUCUUAUGGUUACAUGGCUCCGGAACAUGCUUCGAUGCAGCAUAUAACCGAGAAGAGCGAUGUUUAUAGUUACGGAGUGGUAUUAUUAGAGGUUUUAACCGGAAAGCAUCCGUUAGAUCCGGAUCUACCCGGUGGUGCACAUUUGGUUAAAUGGGUGAGAGACCAUUUAGCCCAGAAAAAAGAUCCGAGUAAGCUUCUUGACCCGAGACUCCAUGGACGGACUGACCCGGUUAUGCAUGAGAUGCUUCAAACUCUUGCGGUGGCGUUCCUAUGUGUAAGCAACAAGGCAAGUGAAAGACCUCUGAUGAAAGAUGUUGUGGCAAUGCUCACGGAGAUUAGGCAAAUUGAUGUCGGACGAUCGGAGACUGAUAAGAUCAAAAGUGGUUGUUGCGGAGGCAAAGAGCCACGUUUGAUGUCGCAUGAGAAAAUCAUUUCUCAUGGUUCUUCUAAUUGUUCAUUUGCUUUCUCGGAUGAUUCCGUUUAAACACAAAGACAACAAAGUAAUGGUGAAAAGCGUGAGUUGUCGUUUACAAAGUUGUGUGAAUAUUUUUCUGUUGUUGUAGCUUGAAUUUUUUUUUUGAAAAGUUUUUGUAUAAUCAACUUGAGAGUAACAACUAAAAGCUACUAUGAUUGCAGUAGGUUUGAAUAAAUGAUUUCUGUU